UUAAGAUUUGAUCUCAAUGACUUUCCUUCCCAUUGCCAACACCAAUUUCUCUUCUUCGCCAUAACCCACCAGCUUCUGCUCUUCUUCUUUCUCCUUUUUCCACCUUUCCCAUCUUCUUUUUUAACGAUAACCCUGUCAGGUUUAGCUUCUGAACAUGGAUGACGCAAAGGUGGGUGUGCUUCAAGAGAAGUUGGAGGUUGUUCGGAGAGAGAAUGACCGUCUGAGAUUUAUGGUGGAAGCCAUGACUGAUAAAUGUAACGCUCUCCAAGCUCAUAUCCAUCAAACUAGCUACAAGGCAAGCCAGGAAAAGGGUUUUAAUAAUAUAAGAACGGAAGGCAAGACAUCUUCAAAAAUCUUUGUCAAAUCCGACUCCAAGGACAAGAGCCUGACAGUUAAAGAUGGAUAUCAAUGGAGGAAAUAUGGCCAGAAGGUUACUAAAGAUAAUCCUUCCCCUCGAGCUUAUUUCAGAUGUUCCAUGGCUUCUUCUGGGUGCCCAGUCAAAAAGAAGGUUCAGAGAUGCAUAGAGGACGAGUCAUUUCUUGUUGCAACAUACGAAGGAGAACACAACCAUGAAGCUGAACCUUCAUUUGGUUAUCAAUCUUUUUCUUUACCAACAGAAAGUUCAGCAGCAGACGAAAGCUCGAUAGGAAAAUUUCAUUCUCCACUACUACCAACACCAACACCGUCGGCCGUCACUCUAGAUCUUACUCUUUCUGGCUCCAAUAUUCAACAAAGUAAAAGACCAUCUAACGACUAUACAAAGCAAGAUUUUAUUAGAAACAAUAAGAAGAUGAAGAUUGAAGAAUACGUGGCAUCCUUAACUAGAGAUCCAAAAUUCACCGUAGCUUUAGCUGCAGCUGUGGCAACUUCCUGCCUGAAUCAACAAUAUUAAUGUUAAUCCAAUGAGAACUUCAGCUUGAUAUAUGUAUUUAUAUAUUGUCAGAAUUCAUAUGUUAAAAUGUGUAGAUUGAUCAGUUAAUGGAAGAUAAAUAGACUUGCUAUUGGUUUUUCA